AAAGAAACGUCAGUUGUGCCACACCAGAUUCCCGUUCAUUUUCCUCCUUUUUAGCUUCGUUGUCUAGGCUUUCAACUUUCGCGUUGUGUCGCCUUCUGUGUCCCCCCUCUCCUCGUGCCCUUCUAUCUCUUCCGUCUUUCCGUGUCGCCGCUUCCUGUCUGUUCUAUUCGCGAGGAGCGCACUCGGCACUUUUAUCUGCAAGAUCAAUAGUUGAAGGAGUGGAUAAAAUUUGCGCAUUUCGACUAGCCAAGAAUCCAUCGACAGCCACAUGAUUCGGGUGGUUGCUUCAACCGCAGGGAAGACAAAGGCACACGUCCUGCUACCUGCGUCCUCUCAGUCGUCUUCUUUGUCUCUCUCAACCAGACACCCGCCCGCGCGGCGAGGCCUUUCGGUGCCAAGGGACGCACGUUUCGUCCUUAUCUUUCGGAGAAAGGAGACAGUUUGUAACUCUUGAGUACUUUCCCUGCUGACUGACUCGAUCGCUGGCGUCCAACCAGACCGGUCCGCCGCGACACGGUGCUGUCCAUUCUCGAAUUCCUGGACACUCGUCCCGCACAUUUUCGAGAGCGGACGAGAGAAAGAUUCAGGAAUGAGACCACAUUGUUUUAGGCAAGAAACGGCUUCUAAAUAGAGGCGGAGCAGUGCCGGCAACCGUCAACCCCCUCCCCAUGGACCUCGUCGAUCUUGCCUCUCGAGGACGGGAGGGUCGAGCAAUGUGCAUGGAUGGGCGACUAUGUAUUGUUGAGAGACUCUCUACGCUGGUCAGAGACUGAGAAAAGCUCGACAUCUGACUUUCUUGCAGAUGUCUUCUUUCCGUUUGCAUUUGUUUCUGUAUUUUUUUGUGGUUUGUCGCGCUCAUUCGUUUCCUUCGUCGUUAAGGUGACUUCCGCGAUGGGUGCCCAGCAGGCCGCAACGGUGUUUUCCACGCCCGGCAUGCGGGCGAAAACCUUGUGAAUCUUUUUUCCGACCAAACUGUUGGUUUCCGGAAUCCCGUCAUUCCAGAGUGAACAUGGUGCGUGGCAUUUUCUCGAACUUCAUCUUCGAAAAAAAGCCGAGAGUGCGCCGCCGCUGCUCUCUGUCCACUUCUUCUGCUCUUGGUUGCCUGCUCGUUCCCUGGGUUUCACUCCUUGUUUCUUGCUUCUCCUUUUUCUCUCGACUCUGUCUUCGAGUUGUGAGCCUCUAGUUCCCCCGUCGUUCUUCCCCAUUGUCCACUUCGUUCCGCCUGCGCUCCCUUCUCGAGUUUUUCCUGCUUGACCAGCCUUCCUCAGAGCGUGGUGACCCUUCCCCUUCUUUCGCCGUACGCGUGACCUCCGGGUACUGGCAAGCUACUGGAAUCGCAGGCGUUUAGCGUCUUGAGCAAUCCAGUGCGGGGGUCGUGUGCAGCAGUCGUGAAGAACCAAACCUGGUUGUCUGUAUCGCGUGACGGAAGUCAGUCGAAAACUCUAGACCCUCUCGAGUUCGUCCCCCCCCCCCAGAUGCCAUGGCGAAGGACAAGCGUGGCUCGUGUGCGAAGAGGGUGUCUUCGUCUGCGGGUCCCGAAGCUUCUUUCGGAUUCGCUGCUGUUACCCUCUCGUCGUCACUGCUCAGCGCGUCUCUGGCGGCUACUGACACGCACCCCUUUGGUCUGGUAGUAACAGCCAGCCCACAGAACUCCUCGUCGGGAAGUUCGCCGGCCCUUCCAGUAAUUAUGUUGCCUCCUGCCUCUCCGCUUUCCUCAGACGCGAAGAGUCACCCCGUUAAAAUCGACUUUUUCUCCUUUCACAAUUCGCUGGCGGCUUCUGCCACAGCCUCGGAGCUGCUCUGUAGGCGCCUGCCGAGACAGGCCGCUCUUGCUCUACGGCACUUGCCUGGCGGCUGCUCCAUUCCCGGGCUCUGGCUGCGAGUUCGAGAAAGUGACCUGGAAGAGGUCAGUGAAUCCUUCGCCACGCAGUUCUCCAUUUCUGCUCUCUCUGCCGCCUUCUCUUCGCUCGCGGGUCCUUCGACUUGUCCCGCCUUCUUCCUGGUCCUUCUUCUCCCGGUUUGUGCGAGCGCAGACGCAGAGUCGCUGUCGCGCGUCUCUUCGGGGUCACCUCGGUGUCUCCUCUUCGCCGCGAAAAACGCAGGCUCAGCCGCCCCUGCGACACUCCCCGUGACGCUUGUCACCUCUCUCUCGUCCUCGCUCUCCUCCCUGAGUCUCUAUGUGUCUGUGGUGCCUCUGUGCGUGGAAAUCGCCUUCUCUCCGACGGAACUGCUGGCUGAAAUUCCGCUGCAUCCCGAAAACGUGGCGGGGCUCUUGGCUGCCGAGCUGAGUCUCGCCCUCGAGGAGUGGUUCGACGGCCCGGUGCUGUACGUGGAAGAGGCGGGUGGAGGGAAAGCUGGGGAGACACAGCCGCCUCGUGUGAUCUCGGACAAAAAUGCCUUUUCGCUUCCGCCCUCUCCUUGCCGUCUCGCCUACCUCCUGCCUCUUCUCCCGUCUCGCGUACCUCUCAGAUUCGCGCUCUCUUCGACUUCCUGCUCCCGGCUUGCUUCCCUGGCGGCUGCGAGAGACUGUCAAGCGUUGCAUGCGUCAGCGCCUUCGAAGGAUCCCUCGCAAGUCGUCGCGAUCGACGGGACGUUUGUCGCGACCGCCCUGGGUUCGCUGACCUCGCCCGCGUCUUCUCUUUCUGCUUCUCCUCUCUCUUUGGUGUGCAGCGCACUGUGCGCCGAUUUGGCUGUCUCCUUUUCGCGCCGCCUUGUUCAGUCGCUCUCAGACUUCGCUGAGACAAGUCCCCGGGAGGGCGGCAGCCCGGAGUGUCGGGGGCGCCUCGGAGCGCGGACAACGAAGACUGUCUCUCCCCUCGCUUUCACUCGUCGCCAGUUCUUCUGGACAGACGAGUUGAACCGGGUGCGAAUGAGAACGCGUCUGUCCGAAAAGGAGAGCAGAGCAGAGGGGAUGGCAGGCAGCGAGAACGAAAACCACGAGGUUCCACUGCUACUGUCAGACGCCAACGCACCCGCGGCUGACGAGAGCGAAGACGAGGAAGACCUCGAGGCUACUCGCGACACCUUCGCCUUUCUCUUGGGUGUACCCAACCCUGCGCCGGAAGGCGAGCUUCACGACGGUACCUUCCCCGGUUCUCUCCUUUCCGUAGCACACGGUUCCGACGGAGUUCCGGGUGAAAGGGGGAGCCGCAAAGAGAGCUGUCGCGAUGACGAGUUUUGGACUGAAGUGGAAGCCACAAUGGGAGGGAACGCCAACAGAGGCCGAGGGAAACGUGCGGGGGCAGAGGGGAGUGAAUCUGUCAAAACCAUCGCAGUAGUGGCCGCCGUGCUCGGAGCACUUGUCGCCUUCCUCGCUGCUGCUCUCCUCUUUCUGCCCCAAGUGACGACUCAGCAAUACGGGCAAGAAGAUCUCUAGACGGUGCUCGAGGCCGCAAAUGAGGCAGCCGAGCCAGGGGUAGAGGCGACAUGUGACUUACUGCGCGACUAAACCGUUUCUAAGUCUGAAUCGCGGUGUGUUUCAGAUUUUCUGUUGCGGAGUCCUGCAGCGUUUCGCGCCAUCACAUGUGGGUAAAUCGUGUGCUUUAGAAACAUACGACUUUUCGAAGGUGAGGCAUUUUAAUGUUCUCCGGUUCUGUAACAGCCGCACAACUAGUGGGCAAAAUCCUACGAAGGCGAAGUGGCGAUUGAGCGUGCAUUCGGGAAGUCCGGAAGCAACAAGGAACGAGAACACUGGCGCCUUCGUUUUCUUUGCCAAUGAAGCGCCCCUGCAGAAACUUCAAACGUGCAGCUUUGCAGCCUUCGCGAGAGCAGUAGUAACGCAGUAGUGAGGAAUCGAAAACAAAUAACGGCGCGCGCGAGGUCGGAACCUCGCAGGCAAGAGACAGAAAAUCCCCUUUUGAAUCUACCAAGAGGCAGCUCCUUUGUCUAAUCCUUCCGGAGCCUCGCCAAAAGAAAACCAUGUGCGAUCUUUCUUCACAGUGGCAG